GUCUCGUGUUAAACACCUGCACGCGGGAGUGAAGGAAGGAAGUAGGGCGGGAGGUGAGAGCUUCAGCGGUGUGGGCCUUGGUAGAGCUUUCCCUCUACACCAGGGGUGGGGAACUUCAGACCUCAAUGGCUGGUGUCCUGCAGGUUUUAGAUGUGUUCUUGAUCCGAAACGGCUGAUUCAAAUGGGAAUAGGAAUCCAGGACACAUUCAUCACGAGCACAGAGAAGGACAUGGCGCAAAGAAUCCACAGGAUCAUCAGUUGUGACCAAAGAGCUGAUGUGCACCAGUUAAGAAGGCUUUCUAAUCCAUUUAUUAAUUUUAAGAUUGAGAUCAUUAACAAUGGCACAAAUAAAAGAAAACUGCAUGAAUCCAGUCCUGACGACUGUUACGUGACCCCAUUAAAAAAGCCCUUUGAUCCAAAGGCUUUGUCCCCUGACCUCGGGUGUUUUGUGGAAUGUUACAGCACUCCUGUGAAACAGGAAUUGGCAUCCCCUUUUUCCACAUUGAAUCCUGAACUGACAGCUAAGACACAAGAUGUUGGGAGUGAAAUAAAAGAAACUGUGAGCUCUCAGCUGCUCUCAAAAGAUGCAAAAUAUGGGCCUUCCGCAGAAAGAGGAGGAGGAUCUCUCAAAAAAGAGACCAAAGCACAAGAUCUGAUGCAUGAGAGGGUUUUAAAUCCUUCACCGACAUUUGACUGUGACGUGGAUGACAUCUUGUGUCUCAAUCCCGAUAGCCCUUUAAGAUUUUUGGAAGAUGAAGACGGCUACAUGAGUCACAGUUGCCAAAUCUUUCAAAAUGGGCUGUUUCCCGUUACUGGACUCACUGUGGCAGAAGAACCAGCAGAUGAGGUGAAGAGGGAAACGUGUCUCAGUGUAAAAGACGUGGAAGAGGAUAAAGGCUAUAUAUCGCUUUUGUUUAUCAAUGAAAAUAAAGGGGCCGGGUUGGUGAACUCCGAACGGCUUACAACUAACUCAGCCGAGGGUGACUAUCAUCCCCAAACUUCAUCUGACCCACGGGUACAUGAACAAACUGCAACCUCUGGAUGCCUCACCGUCACAGUAGACAACCUGAUCCCAAGUAGCUGCGGACCUCUCUUGGAGCAUGUGAACACUAAUUGUUUGGAAAGUUGUAAAUUGGAGGGGGUGUGGGAUAUCGGUCCUCCAAUAUUUGAAUCCUCUAUGUGCCACAGCGAAACGGACAAAUUGAAAGCAGAGCAGAGCUGUCAGGUGUUGGAGGAGGUGCAGGAAAAUGUGACUGAGCCUGUCCAAAGCACACUGAAGAAAGAAGUCACUGCUGAGGAAGUACAGGUUAAAUCCAAAGUACAGAACUCAAACAGAAGCACCCCAGACAGCAGUGUUGUUUCUGUCCCAAAGACGGCGACAAAGCCCAUCAGAACCCUUCAGCCUGGCAAGAGUGCCUCUCAGAGAUCCAUGGUCUUCGGCAGUGAAUUGCAGUGGGAGCAGGAAAAGGAGCUCUAUGUGCAUUCAGUUGUCAGUCAUAUGUAUGAGAAUCCAGGAGUCAGUAAUGGUGUCACAUCUGAGCUCCGGAGUUUGAUGAGCUGUGUAUCAGCAGGCGUGAAUAGCAGAGAGUGGCAGCAUCCCUCCGACCUCACCUGCAGAAAUUACUGGAGACACUUUGGGGCUGCAGCAGCACUGAUGACCCUGGAUGAAUGGCAGGCCAAGAACUGUCUGAUGCACAAGCGCUUCGAUAAGAUACCAAAGAUCUUUGAAAGGAGUCCGUGCCCGUAAACUCAGCUUUGUGGUUUAUAGACGUAUCAGGAAAAACUACACUUUCAAAACAUAUUUGUGUAUAUGUAUAUAACAAAAUGUAUAUAUUUGAGUAUUUAGGUUUUCUUUCUAGCUUUUUGAUUUACUUCUUUCAAAUGCAUGCACGUUCCUCCUAAUUUAAAAACUUAUGCAUGUUUUCAGUGGUUUUGUUUUGUGAAAGUCUGAAUCACUGAAGAAUGUCCUAAACUUGAAUUACUGACUUAGAUUACUGACUUUGUUUUUGGACCUUUUGAUUUUGUGCGUCUUUUAUUGCACUUAAUUUUUUCUUUACGAUAGCGAUGAUUUGUUACUAUGUCAGUUUUACUGACGAAGUAACAAAGAAGCAUCUGCACUUUCUAGGUACUGUUCUUUGAAAUAUUUACUCAGCGUUGGUGUAAAUAUUUAAAGAUUUUGCUCAGUAACUAAAAAUUAUGAACAUGGUUAUAUUGUUGCAUUAAACGUUCUUU